AAUGAUUAACAAUAUGGCGACCCAAUUGACAUUUGUUGCCCAUUAAGAAAAUCCUAAAAUAUUAGAAAGUGCGACUUGAUAUAUUUUGUAUAAUUUUAUAUAUUUUUUCUGCAAAUUCCAUCAUAGUUUUCAACUAAGAAAAAUGAGCCAAAAAACAAACCUGGAAGGGGUCGCCCGAAGAAAGGUGCGCAGGAAGCCAACAAGCAACCUCCAAAAAUUAUAUACAAGAUAAUGGAAGCAAUAAACAAUAAUCCGGGUCAGCCAAUUCUGUAUGCUUCCACAACUAAGGGCACCAUGAAACUUGUUGUAGAUGGUCAUCAUUUCCGCUAUUCAUUCCGCAAAGGAAAGUACACUAUAUUCCAGUGUUGUUAUAAGGAGAACAGAGAAGAGUGUAAUGUCCGUGUUGUGACUGAUCAGAAGUUGGUAUAUCCCCUAGAUGGCGAGCAUGUCCAUUUCAUUCAGGCCACCGACAAAAGUGUGACAUCUUUGAAAUUUUCUCCCGGCACUGAUAUAGAUUUGGAAGUUGCUAAUGAGCCUGAACCAACAGUUGUUGAUGAGGCGGAGCAACAAAUUUCCAGUGAAGCCCAAGAGGUAUUAGAUGAGGUUACUCCAACUACUGUGGAAAAUGUUGUAACUCAGCCGAAAGAAAUAAAUGUGAAGUUAGAAAAAGGCGUGUCUCAAGAGCAAAUGGAGUUUACCAACGACGUUCCAGCAACAGCAGCUGCCGAAGAUCCCAACGAAUUCAGGGAGAAAAUUAAAAAACGUUUGCAAAGGGCUUUGCUUGGCAAGAAGAAAUAAUUUUGUAUCAAUUUAUUCACCUAAUUUACAUAUUUAAGUAAAUAUCCAUAUAUAUUUUAUAUGCAUACAUAUUAUUUUAACUGAGAACAAUGGACAAUAAACAAAUACAUAAAUA